AUGGAUUUAAAUACAUCAAUUGGAAAUAAUAAUGGUGCUGUAUUGCAUGCUGAUGCUGCACUCAGUCCAAAUGGUCAAGAAAAUGUCUCAGACUCUCUUUUGGAUACAUCAGAAAUGGGCGAUGAAGCUGAUCUUGAAACAAUGCGCAAGCGUAUAAGAGAAAUGGAAGAAGAAGCUGAAAAAUUGAAGCAAAUGCAACUUGAAGUAGAAAAACAAAUGCAAUUGCCAAGUACACCUGGUACACCUACAUUUCCAACGAUUGAAGAAAAAAUGGAUGCUGAUCAACGAUCAGUUUAUGUUGGAAACGUUGAUUAUUCAGCAACAGCACAAGAACUUGAAAAUCAUUUUCAUGGUUGUGGUUCUAUUCAUAGAGUUACUAUUUUAUGCGAUAAAUUCACUGGCCAACCAAAAGGCUUUGCUUAUGUUGAAUUUUCCGACAAAGAGUCUAUACAGACUGCUACUGCUCUUGACGAUUCAUUAUUCAAAGGACGUCAGAUAAAAGUAACUGAAAAACGAACCAAUCGUCCUGGUGUAUCAUCAACUGAUCGACCACCUCGUGGUGCACUACGUGGUUUUGGCCGUGGUCGAUUUCCACGCGGUGGUGCUGCCUACAUGCCAUAUGUAUCUGCUCCUUAUCGAGGCCGUGCUUCUCGACCGUUUUUUCGUGGUCGUGGUCGUUCAAGUUAUUUUUAUUCACCUUAUUGA